GCAAGUCCACUGAGACUCUCCGCCAGGCACCGGGGUGAUAGGGAAGAGAGGACAGCGAACGGCUUGUCAUGGGGAUCCGAGCGGCCGGGCAGCCCUGGUAGCAUCUGGGGACUCCGAGGGGCAUAGGAAGUCUCACCUCACGGGAGCCCGGCGUCGGCUGGGCCGCGGGGUUCCCCACUGCUCGAGUCCUCGAAAGGGAGGGGGCCGGAGGGAGCCCCGGUCUCGCCCCGCCCCUGGGUUUGUUCCCGCGGGGGCGGGGAGUGAGAGCUUCUUUUGGGGGGAGUGGAGAUCGGGGGGACUCGGCGGUGUCCUCUCGAGCGGCUGCCGUGUCCUCGCGGCGCCCGGCUGCCGAGCUGAGGAGCGGCGGUCGUGGCUGGUGCAUGUGUGGCUGCUGGAUGCGGAGGCGGCGGCGGCGGCGGCGGCGAGGAGCAGCAGCGGCGGCAGGAUGUUAGGGCAGCAGCAGCAGCAACUGUACUCGUCGGCCGCGCUCCUGACCGGGGAGCGGAGCCGGCUCCUCACCUGCUACGUGCAGGACUACCUGGAGUGUGUGGAGUCGCUGCCCCACGACAUGCAGAGGAACGUGUCGGUGCUGCGGGAGCUGGACAACAAAUAUCAAGAAACUUUAAAGGAAAUCGAUGAUGUCUAUGAAAAAUACAAGAAAGAAGAUGAUUCAAACCAGAAGAAACGCCUACAGCAGCAUCUCCAGAGAGCGUUAAUCAAUAGCCAGGAACUGGGAGAUGAAAAAAUUCAGAUUGUCACACAAAUGCUCGAAUUGGUGGAAAAUCGAGCCAGGCAAAUGGAGCUACAUUCACAGUGUUUCCAAGAUCCUGUUGAAAGUGAAAGAGCCUCAGACAAAGCAAAGAUGGAUUCUUGUCAGCCAGAAAGAUCUUCUAGGAGACCCCGUAGACAGCGAACCAGUGAAAGCCGUGAUUUAUGUCACAUGACAAAUGGAAUUGAAGACUGUGAUGAUCAGCCACCUAAAGAAAAGAAGUCCAAAUCAGCUAAGAAAAAGAAACGCUCAAAGGCCAAGCAGGAAAGGGAAGCCUCACCUGUUGAGUUUGCAAUAGAUCCGAAUGAACCUACAUACUGUUUAUGUAACCAAGUGUCUUAUGGGGAAAUGAUAGGAUGUGACAAUGAACAGUGUCCCAUUGAAUGGUUUCACUUUUCAUGUGUUUCACUUACCUAUAAACCAAAGGGGAAAUGGUACUGCCCAAAGUGCAGGGGAGAUAAUGAGAAAACCAUGGACAAAAGUACUGAAAAGACAAAAAAAGAGAGAAGAUCGAGGUAGUAAAGGCCAUCCAUAUUUUAAAAGGGUUAUUGUCUUUUAUAUAAUUCGUUUACUUUCAGAAAAUGUUUUAGGGUAAAUGCAUAAGACUAUGCAAUAAUUUUUAAUCAUUAGUAUUAAUGGUAUAUUAAAAGUUGUUGUACUUUG